GGUUUUUUCAGAGGUAGCGACCUACCCGAAGCUGUGUCAAAUUUGACAGCAAAAAGCAUAGGAACACUGCCAGCGUGUAACUUUGUUGAAGACUUGAAUAGCACAGCCUGGGCCGAGAACAUUGACUGCAGCUCAGCAACUACGUUCAAUUGGUUUUCGACCCCCAACAGCCCAGCAUAUCUAGGCCUGAUUAUGCAAGGCGAAGCGUCUAGGAUGGCGCCGGAAGAUACCACGUUGGAAUGUUAUGUUGAAGCAUUACCACCUUACCAAAGUAUUGUGCUCUCUACACAACCACGACCACAGAUUGGCACAAGGAGGGAGGCAACAAUGAUGAUCGGUAUGGAUAUUUCAAAAGGAAGGCAACCAAUUCUGGACGACAAGUCAAACACUACCCUCGAACAUUUCUACAGACCCUUACAUUGUAAUCCUGUGCCGAGUUCUGCGCCAACCACAUCGCUAAAAUGCCCUCAUCCGGCGUGUCAGUCGAAGGUGCUAUACACAAGGAAAUGCGAUUUAGAGAAGCACUACCGUUCACAUUUUAGAAAGUACUUUUGCAGAAUAUCUGAAUGUUCUCUAUGCGAAAUGAACUCUUUGACGGUCUCGGGAAGUGGCUACAGUGGGUUUGCGACAAGGAAAGAUAGAGAUCGACACGAAAGAUCUCAUUUCCCAGCGCUUUCCUGCAAGUGUUGCGGCAAGGUGUUCAGUCGUCUUGAUAACCUAAGAGACCAUUGGCGGAAACGACAUUCUGAAACGACGUUUCCCAUGUGACUGACAUAGUACAUACCAGGGAACCUCGGCUAUCUGAUGCCGGAAUAACCUAUCAAAUGGCAGGUACUUCGCUUCGUUUCACUUCCCCGCAGAUAUAUGCAGGAUGCGCUUGUAGUAUGGAAUGC